GACAGAUCAGCUGCAGAAGAGCCACUGUUGUCCACUCACAGGUUUACAACAGCUAUCAUGCAACUGAUACAUAUGGAAGCUGCAGUCAUACUCGGGAUUGUUAUUCCUCAGAUAUUCAGCAUCAGCAUGUCAUCUUCACCUUCUGACUGUUCGGCUUCAGUGGAUACCUGCAUGUCAGAUUUAUGCAAGAGUGAACAGGCAUUAUACGGCGGCAUCUGUCGGGAUGAAGGGUGUCAAAUAAAAGGCUCAGAGGUCUGUAACAUGACCAUUCAGAUGGCACUGGAUCAAUUCCCAUCUCUGCAAGGGUGUGCGUGUGCCUGGCAGGAGGAGCUUUGUGACUCCAUACAAGUGCUGGCCACACAAUGCCAUGUAAAGCCAGGUGCAGUAUUCUCAGCCUUCUGUACGAUAAGCAUUUAUAGUUGUCCUGCUAAGAAUGGUUUUAUGAACAACAGACUGGCUUGGAGAAUCAUAUUUCCAUUGACUUUUGCAGCAGCUCAGCAGAAGAAGAGCACAGUCUUGGACUGGCAGUCAAGCUCUUUAAAAGGCUAUGUGUUCAGUGGUGCUGGGUCUUGCAUAGACCAAAUCACACUUUGUAUCAGUGAUGCAGUUUGCAACAGACACCUAGUGCCUGUUCUUCAGGCUUGUAUGGCAGAUCAGUGCAACCAUGGCCACUGUCAGCAAGCAACUCAGCAGUUCUAUGGCAGCAUGCCGCAUAAUGUGGCAGAGAUGCUGGUCAUGUGUGAGUGUGAGGCUUCAGAUCAGAGCUGUGUGCAUAUGAAAACUACUUUGCACAGCGGGACAUGUGAGAACAAGUCCUGGAUCUGCCAGGAUACAGUGAAACAGUGUGUUGAGGACAGUAACUGCAGAAACAUGUUAAAAACUUUCCGAACCAAAUGCUGGAGCUCUGAAGACGCACAAUGUGGCGACAGUGAACUCAGAGAAGAGGAAUGUUUCACCCAGAUGGAUCCAGCUCUCAUCCUUGGUGCAGAUUUUGAAUGUAAAACGGCCUUCUUGUCCACUUUGGGGACAACACUUCACUAUCCUUGCUCAUGCAAAGGAGUGAGCAAUGCUGAUCUACAGACGUGUAACAUGAUUCAUGAUGUACUUCAUAACAGAUCGCACUUCAUGACAUCGUGGAAAAGCAGCAGUGGUCCUUCUAAUCCUCCUGAAGUCAAUGAAUCUGAUCAAGGUCUCACAUGGUCACAUGAUUAUCUACUUUAUGCUUUUGCAGCUGUGCUGCUUGUGGGGGUUGCUAUAUUAAUGCCUCUGGCUGUUGUCAAUACAAUAUGGAUGUUGAGAAGGGAUAAAACAAAAUGUCAACACCCACAAAAAAGCAGCUGUGUUGUUAUUCUCUGAUGUUUACUCAUGUCAUCAAAAUUUAGUCCAUUGUGAGAUAGACAGUAAGAUGAUGUAUUUCAUUCUGUCUUUUGCGGUGAACCCAGAUCUUAGUAAGCAGAUGAAAAUGUCACAAUAAUCAGCCCUAAUAGCAGUGCUUUAUGAAAGAAAAACAAUUUUUUGAGCUGAUAAAAACAAUAUUUUUUAGAGUCAUGUAACACAUUCAAAAUGCUGUUGUGAUGAUCACAGACUCUGAAGAAAAAAGCUUAAGCUUUUAUUUUCUGCAAGAAACCUUUCUCUCUGCUUCUGGAUCAAUAAAAAGUCUUCAGUUCUCAUCUUUUCAUCUUUCUCACUGACUUGAGCUAUUAAUCUAUAUAAAAAAAUCUGUUCUGACUGACACAUUUGAAAUUGUUUGAUGUUAUCAAUUGUCUUUUUGGAUGAUUCACUGGUGCUCUAGGCUACUGCUGUAUUCGUAAUAAAGUUCACU